AGUACUACGUCUGUAUACUACAUAAGCCUAGAGAUCCUUUCCGUGAUCGCAUGGUGUAGCUGUGGUGAAAGGACUACACCAUCAUCAUGCAGAUUUUCGUGAAAACGUUAACUGGGAAGACCAUCACCCUUGAGGUCGAAGCUGCGGAUACUAUUGAAAAUGUCAAAGCAAAAAUUCAAGAUAAAGAAGGUAUCCCACCUGACCAGCAACGUUUGAUCUUCGCUGGCAAGCAAUUAGAGGAUGGUAGAACCCUGCUGGACUACAAUAUCCAAAAGGAAUCGACAUUGCACUUGGUUCUGAGACUGCGUGGUGGAGCAAAGAAACGCAAGAAGAAGAACUACUCGACUCCCAAGAAAAUCAAGCACAAGAAGAAGAAGGUCAAGCUCGCUGUCCUUAAGUUCUACAAGGUCGAUGAAAACGGUAAGAUUCACCGUCUGAGGCGGGAAUGUCCAUCGGAACAGUGUGGAGCUGGAGUCUUUAUGGCUGCCAUGGAAGAUCGUCAUUAUUGUGGAAAGUGCGGAUACACGCUUGUCUUUAACAAGCCAGACGACAAGUAGACACAGAAUGUAAUUUCUAUGUUUAAUUAUAUACCAUCUUAAUAAAUCUUGAAAAAUACAGUAA